UGCGUUACGCGCACGGGCUCUGAUUCCGAGUCAGUAAUGUUGAGAAGUUGAGAAAGUUGGGCAAAAAUGCGCACACACGCGGCCCAAGCACACACACUCUUUUCGCUCGCUCGCUUGUUAAACCCGGUGAUGCAAUUCAUUCAUUGUUACAAGAAUAGAAGCGCCAAAGGCUUAGGCUUAGGCUUAGCGUUAAAAACUUAAAAAAAAACCACCUUGUCCAAGCUAGUGGUUAUUUUUGUAUUGAGCUGGCAAAGCUACAAACCGAUAGCGUCGCUUGGCUUGGCUUAGCUUAGCGUGAAGAUCGACGAAUGUUUGUUUGCUUAGUAAGCAGACAAGGCAGUUUCUCACGUGUGAAUGAUUUUCCUGUCGGAUUUAGUGAAGGUCUUGCUCCACCAAAUCUCCGGAUUUUAAGAAGAAUCACAUUGGAUGAAUACCAUUCACGAUUCCGUUCAAUAGGAAUGCUGGAGAAGUUGAAGGCUUGCCGUAACCUAUGAAUAUCGGCAAAAUAGCAAACAAUGGCUCGUCACUAUUUCAAUCGAUAAUACCAAGACCGAUAUGGAAUACAAGAUCUCAAAUUAACUUUUCUAGAGCAUUUAGUCAAACCGAAAAACGAUCAAAAGCUGAUGCAAUUCAAAAACAGAGGCUAGGAAAAGUGUUGAAAAAUUUGGUCGAAUUUCAUAAAAGUCAAGUUGCAAUCAAUCAAGAAAGUCGGGCGAUCGCAUUACGAGAAGCAGAAGAACAAGCAUUUCGUGAAUAUAAUUGGUUAAUGGAAGAAGUGAAAUUGGACACCACAAAAAAGUACGAAACUAGAAAGACGGAAAAAGUUAUUGAAUUAGCACAAAGAUUAUCGAAUGGUGAACCGCUAAGUUAUGUCCUUGGUAAUCAACCUUUUGGACCUCUUUUGAUCAAAUGCAUGCCUCCAACUUUGAUUCCAAGACCGGAAACGGAAGCAUUAACGGAAUAUAUCUUUGAGCAGCUCAGGGAUGCGUUUCGGGAACAUAUCCAUCGGCAAGAAGGCCAAAUGAGGCCAUUGCGAAUCCUGGAUCUGUGUACCGGCUCGGGCUGUAUAUCUUUGCUCAUCCGUCAUCGAUUGCUAGAAUUGAUUAGCAAAGAGACAAGCAGUCAAUCUCAAAGUCCAGCAUUUCAAAUUCUCGGUGUCGAUAUAGCCGAUUCGGCCCUGCAACUUGCGAGAAAAAACCUUGCUCUAUACGAUACAGAUGCAGAUCAUGGCGACCUUGUCUCGCAAUACGGUCACCUUGUGCCCGUAUCUUUCGAAAGAGGGGACAUGCUAGACGAAAGCAAGUUUUGUGACUUUAUUGCUCAACACGGUCCUUUUGAUGUCGUUCUUUGCAAUCCACCUUAUAUACCCGCAAAAGAAUGGAAAGAAUUAGAUGCAAGUGUACGAGAGUGGGAGGAUCGUUUAGCCCUCGUUGGUCAUCCUGAUAACGAAUCGGACGGCUUGUUGUUCUAUAGACGAUUAGCCCAAUCGAUUGAAAUUCAUGAACUAUUGGCAUUAUCGAAGAAUGGACAAUUACCAUUAGUAGCAAUGGAAGUCGGCCAUGAUCAAGCAGAAAAGGUUAGAGAAAUAUUCGCCGGCCAGAAGAAGGUUCCACAACUGGAAAUCUGGACAGAUCUUUUUGACAAACAGAGAGCAGUCAUAGCAAAAAUGUAGCAUACACUGUAAUUUUACUAUAGAGACCUACACCAAUAUUUUGUUACUCACAACGGUAGAGAUUGCCGUGCUUCUUCUAUCACUAGUAAACAAUAAGCUGAUCAGUGUCACUCGUAUUUCUCACACCAAAAGAGCUGCAUUUUCAAUG